AUGUUAGCUAUGCGUCGUGAAAGUGAAUCCAUCUAUGGUAGUGUAAGUGCAACAACUAACCUCAAUCUGCUGCAUCACCCAGCGCAUCAUCAUAACCACCACCAUAGUCACCACCAGCAGGUGCAUUCACCGUCCGAACAUUCGCAUCCUUCCAACGGUGUUGCUGCAACGGAACCAUCUCCUAGUGCACGUCCGUCCGAAAACGGCACGCAGGGUGGUUCGUCUGCCAUAGCCGGGGCGCCGGAUCAUACCGGUCAGGGAGUGUACCACGGUCACAACCUUACGCAGCAACAGCAGUUGCAGGAUCAUCAGGAAACGCUUCAGCUUCACCAUCAUCAUCACCACAACCAUCGAACGUCGUUGUCCCCGGUAACGCCGGCCAGCUUCGGACACGGUGGAUUCUCAACGCUUUGCAACGGUGCGUCGGCGAACGGAUUGUAUCCCGGGUUCAACAGCUUCGGACUGAACCCACCCAACAGUGGCCGUCCCACACACCCGGCGGCGUCCAGUCUCGACGAGUACGUAGACAUUCUGCAGGUCCAGCAAUUGCUGCUGGAGAACUCGACAUCCGCAGCCGCAUCAGCGAGCAGCACGACGGUGGCGAGCAUAACAACGGCCUCCUGUACCUCCACCACCGCCACUACCACUUCCUCAUCCCCUUCCGUCCCACCUAGCGUUGUCGCGUCCCUAUCCCAGCACAUCCCGACCGUGUCCACCGCAUCGUUUUUCUCCCCAGCAUCCGUUCCGUCCACCUCCACGCUUUCGUCCUCUACUAGAAACCGUCCAAAAGUGAAUCUACAGAAAGCGGCCGACUUUUCAGCAGCGACAGCAACAGCUAACCAGCUUCAAGGCGAAUCGCCCUCCAAAAGACUGCUCUUUGAUUACCCGAGCCCAUAUUUGUAUGGUAAUUAUCAUCCGUCGCCGAGUGACGAUCUGGUCGCUUUAUGGUUUGGAAGUAACGGAACAGGUGGCGUUGCCCCUGGACCACCAGCAGCUGCCAUGAUCAUGGAAGGGCUAGAAACGUUGGUUGCGCCAUCGCAUCACACAUUCCUGCUGACCGAGUCGGCGGCCGCAGCACACUUUAACGUGCUGAGCUUCGAUACGUGCGGCCUGUUCAAGACGGGCACCACGACCACCUCGCUCGGGUUGAACAACAACAGCACGACGACACCGAACAACAACCAUCACCAUCACCUGUAUCACCCGUACCAUCAUCAAACGGCGGUCAGCACUGCGACUGCCCUUGCCCACCAUCAGCCCCACCAUCACCAUCAUCAUUCGGCAACGCAACAACAGCAGCAGCAGCAGCAACAGCAGCAGCAACAUCAGCACAAUUCAUCCGCCAGUACGAUUGUUUCGUCUUCGGCAGUUUCAUCGGCGAUAGCCAGUGCUGCCAGCUCGACUGCGAUCACUACGCACACGACAGCGACGACGAGUGUAACCGCAUCACAUACAUCCCACGGUCACAGCCACCAUCAUCAUAAUCAUCCCCAUCUGAGUCUGCUGAGUACCGGUGGGAGUGGCAGCGGUGCUACCGGUGGCGCCGGUCAUCACUCGAACGAUAGCUCGACCCUGCACUCUGGUACCGGUGACGAUCAUUCGCAAUCGCAAACAGACGCACAGGCCGGCGAUCUCAAUACACCCGUAACCACCUCCGGUGACAUCCCGUCGUUCUUUGGGCCAUCGACGGUCGUAGAACCACCGCCGAUUACCGGAUCAAUCGAAUCGGACGAUCUCUCGCUGGAGCCACAAACGGUGUCCAGCCCGUGCGUCAGCCUCUGCAGUCCCACCAAGCAGGAGCGCAGUACACCGCAAUCGAUCGCCAACGAGGAAGAGGCUAGCAAUACCAGCAGUACCAACACGAUGUACCCAUCGUCCGGUUCGCAGCAGCAGCAUCAACAACAACAACAGCAGCAGCAACAGCAACAGCAGCAGCAACAACAGCAGCAACAUUCACUUCACGGACAGAUUCGCGUUGCCGGUUUGGCCAGCGUCACGGGUGGCGCCGACAUGCAUCACGGCAGCAACGACGGUGUCCAAUCGUCCGAUGCGAUCGAGAACAAGAUCUCUUACCGGGGCAUUUUCACGUCGAGCGCUAGCCCCAGCAUGGGACUGCAGGCGGGCAAUGUGAUGCCAGGAUCGGGUCAGAUGUCACCGACAGCCGGUUUGGGUCCGGCCAGCUGGGGUUUGCCAAGCCCCGACAAGAGUCUGUUCCAGGCGCCCAUGUUCGGUCUGCUCGGACCGCAAGCCACUAGCGCAUCACAAGGUGUUUCGGCUACCUCACCAUCGAUCGGCCAGCACCAUCAGCACCAUUACGGGACUGGUGGCGAUGAGCGAGGUCACAGCCACGGGCACGGUGCCGGUACAGAACUGCUCGGACUGAAUAUGGACUGUGCGAGCAUCAUUCUGAAGCAGCCACCGAGCUACAACAGCUGCGUCGGAUCGCUCGACAUGCAGCAAAGCCAGGACAUGCAUGCGUACGGUCGCCAGGGCCAGGCAGGUUUGGGCAUGAGCCAGAAGUAUCAGUGGUUAGACUCACCGGUAGACCCGUACGUCGGUAGUCCGCAGCACGGAUCGGUCGUCCUGCCCGGACCCUCGUCUACACCCAUCUCCGUCGGGCCAAUCAUUCCGAAGCAGGAACCAUAUUCCACACCAAACGCCUGCACGUCCGAUUCGAGUCAGCUCGGUGGGUUGACACCGGCCCAGGCCGCCCAACAGGCCCAAUAUGCCGUCCAGCUGGCUGAGUACAACCAGGCCACCAGCAAGGGCCAUGAGAUCCUUUCACAGGUCUAUCAGCAGAGCACGAUGCCGCUGAAGCUUGUGCCCGUCAAGCCACGAAAAUACCCGAACCGACCGAGCAAGACACCCGUGCAUGAGCGUCCCUAUGCCUGCCCGGUAGAAAACUGUGACCGACGGUUCUCGCGCUCCGACGAACUGACCCGACAUAUCAGGAUCCACACGGGACAGAAGCCGUUCCAGUGUCGGAUCUGCAUGCGCUCGUUCAGCCGUUCCGAUCACCUGACGACGCACAUCCGUACGCACACCGGCGAAAAACCGUUCUCCUGUGACAUUUGCGGUCGUAAGUUUGCGCGCUCGGACGAGAAGAAACGUCACGCCAAGGUGCAUCUGAAGCAGCGCAUCAAGAAGGAGAAGAAUUCCGGCGCCGGAGGUAGCAGUGCCAACAACAGUGCCUCCAGUGCUCAUCAUACCCACCACGCUCAGCAACAGCAGCAGCAACAGCAGCAACAACACCACCAUCAACAGCAACACCAUCAGCAGCAGCAGCAGCUCGGACAUCACGCGGUACAUCCAGGACUGCACGCGCAUCACCUGCUCACGCAUGACGAUCUCACCGGUAUACCGAUCGUAUCGUCCUCAUCGAACCCGGCCAACAGCAGCUUGUAG